AUGCGGCGGCCUCAACCUUCAUCUGGCCGCUCCCGAUCACCCUCUUCCAGAAGAAAUGUUCCCUCCACACAACCUCCAUCCUCUCGAUCGGUAUCCCCUUCGUCUCCGGCAGUAGAAAAGCAUCGCCAGAAACACCUGCGCUAUCAGAAACGUCAUCGUCAGGUUCACCGCCACCACUAUGCUCUGCGCCGCCGACCUUAUCUCCAACGGGAAUAUCUCGCUCGUCACCACCCACCCCAACGGGCCCCACGACAGCCCGAAACCGGACAUAAACACGCAUAUCAACGUCAGCACCGCCAGCGCGUACCCUUUCUCCAUCCCCCCGUGAUCCCCGAGCUUCGCCGCCAUUAUUCCCCCGACGAGCAAUUGCGAAAUCAACAUCUGAACACCGCCAAAGUGAAACAGCGGCCUCCUCCCGAUCCUAUCGACCAAAAUCACGGUUAUGAUUGUGAACGUCGACGAGACGACACCUGUCACGGUCGCCGCCAGCAGGGACGCAUUCUCCCCGGUCCCGAUCGUCAAAAACAGAAUCGGAGCGUAGAAGGCGAUGACAUUGAUCCCGGUUAUCUGCUGGAAAAACGGGAUGAGUACGGACAUAAUCAGCUGCGGUCGGUACUUCCUCUGCAUCAGGUUUCGAAAGGGGUGCUCGAUUGCUUUCGAGGCUCGGCUGGCUUCGAUCAGGUCGUUGAGCUCGUCCUGCACGUCGUCCGUGCCUCGGAUUCUUCGGAGCACGUCUUUCACCUUGCUGUGGUCAGCGUCGUUUUGGACGAGGCUGUUGGGGGUCUCUGGGAGGAAUACGGCGCCGAAGGCGAGGACAGCGGCCGGAACUCCGGCCAUGGCGAUGGAAAUCCGCCAGCCCCAGCCGCCGGCGAUUCGGACCGUACCGUACGUGGCCGAGUUGUAGCCGAUGCUCACGCAGAUUUGGAACGCCACAUUGAAGGCUCCCCUGUAUCGGGAGGGAGCCAUUUCCGACAAAUACAAAGGGACCGACUGAGGAGAACGAGUUCGUUAGUGAAGGGACAAGCCGCCGAGGAUUGCACCGACCAUGUAAGAAAGGCCGCCUAUAAUGAUGGAAGGCCUUCGGCCGAAGUCCCGAGUGAUAGGGGCGGCGAAGAAUGA